CUGCCUGUCUGUCUGUGACAUCGUCUUCUUCAGGGCUUGGUCUACAUUCUCAGACAAUUUUAUUUAUAUUUCUAGAAAUUCGUAUUUAACUUCAAUCAAUCAUGGCUUUAAGCGAUGCGGACGUACAAAAGCAGAUCAAACAUAUGAUGGCUUUCAUUGAGCAAGAAGCCAAUGAAAAGGCCGAAGAGAUCGAUGCAAAGGCUGAAGAAGAGUUCAACAUUGAGAAGGGAAGGCUUGUUCAGCACCAACGUCUCAAGAUCAUGGAAUACUAUGAAAGAAAAGAGAAACAAGUUGAACUUCAGAAAAAAAUUCAGUCAUCAAACAUGCUGAACCAAGCUCGACUGAAGGUGUUGAAAGUGAGAGAGGAUCAUGUUCGUACCGUGUUGGAUGAAGCACGCAAGAGGCUGUCUGAGUUUAGCCGCAACACAGCAAAAUACUCAGAGGUUCUUAAGGCCUUGACCGUUCAAGGACUGUUACAGCUGUUGGAACCAAACGUGCUCCUGCGAGUGCGUGAAGCUGAUAUUCCUUUGGCUGAGAGCAUCGUCCCUGCCAUAGCUGAAGAAUUCAGCAAGGUUUCUGGCCAGGAGAUCAACCUGAAGGUGGACUCGGAGAGUUUUCUGCCGCAAGACAGCUGUGGAGGUGUUGAAUUGCUCGCUCAACGAGGCAAGAUAAAGAUCUCCAACACUCUGGAAGCCAGGUUGGACCUCAUAGCACAACAGUUGGUGCCUCAGAUACGUAACGCACUCUUCGGCAAGAACACCAACAGAAAGUUUACCGAUUAGAUUGCCUACGAGAACUUUCUCAACAUUCCUUUGCUUUACUCAGAAUAGAAUCCAGAUAGUCCAUGCCUAACAAUUUUGAGAUUUUUAGUUAAAAUUAUAAAUUAUAUUGAUCCAUUGGUGAAAAGUCUAAAUGGAAAAAGAUUAAGCAUGGGAUAGUUUGACUAGUGUUAUUCGCCCUGAAUAUAUUCAGCCUUUUAUUAGUUUCCCCUUUUGAGUCUUCCUGCACUUUUAGGUUAUUUAAGUUUUUAGUACAUUUUAUCCUAGUUUCCAGUUUGUUUAGUAAUUUUACAUCAAUUAAACUGCCAAGAAACCACCAAUAGACGAAAGCUAUUUACUAGUUGCCAAAAAAACUAUAUUUUAAUUUUUAGGAAGUGUGUUUUACAAGUUUACUGUGUUAUACACAUCUACUCAUAUUUAUUGUAUUGUUGAUUAAACUGAUUUUAAAUAGCAUGAAUUUUAUUUUAGCUGUAAAUGGAACAGUAUUCUUUAACUUAUAAUCCGUUUAGGGAUGUUAAAUAGGGUGGUAUGAGCUAUGCAUGUUUGUGAUUUAAGUAUUUUUUCCGGUUAAUUGUAAACCAGAACCAGUGUUAACACAAUACUUUAUUCAAAAAAAUUAUAGGUGUUGGAUUUGGUGCCAUCUUAAAGUUGUCAGAAAAUCUGCUUCAUAGUAAAAUUUGAAUUGUAUAUAUGUACAUGUCGUAAAGAUUUUUGUUGAUUAGUAAAAAGUUUAUUGGGCACUAA